GAGGAGGGGCACAGAUAGCAGAAAAUCCCCGUUUACCAAAGUCCAAUAAAUUCACACUCGUACAUCACAAAUCACACUAGUCUAGUAAUCCUCUCUUUCUCUCUCUCUCACCAUGAUCAUCCCCCUUCUCACAGAGGCAAUACCCACCCUCACAGUAAAGGUAACCAACAUUCCACCGAUAGCCAUAGCCAAAGACCUCCAAGCAUUCCUGGAGUCCGUACUCGGAAAAGGCACGGUAUUCGCUGUCGAAAUCUUCACGGAGCGUGAGAACUGGAAGUCGAGAGGCCAUGGCCGCGUCCAAUUCGAGAGCCCAGAAGCCAAAAUCGAAGCUUUAUCACUCUCCCACCACAGGAAGCUCAUUUUCAAAGGGUUUUAUCUCUCAGUCACUCACUCAUUGGAGGAAAUCAUCAUUCGACCCGUGGACCCCAUAUACCGGGUCGGAGACGGCGGCGGUUUGGUCCUAUUCGCCGGCAUUAUGAUUAGGGCUGAUUGCAUGGGGACUUUGGAAUCUUGGAAUGGGAUGAAGCUUUGGUUUAUGCCUGAGAGGAAAAAGAUCCAUUUUUUCGUGGACCAUGGGGGUGAAAGUUACAAAUUAGAGGUGCAAUUUGGGGAUGUGUUGGAGAGUAGAGGGUGUUGUUUGGGUGGGGGUGAUAUGAAAGUUGACGCCAUUCUCUUGAAGCUUAGACAUGCACCAAAGAUAUUCAAAAAGGUUUCUGGGCCAAAGAUUGCAUCAAGAUUCACUACUGACCGGUAUCACAUCUGCAAAGAAGAUUAUGACUUUAUAUGGGUUCGAACAACUGAUUUUUCGAGUAUGAAGUCAAUUGGAUAUUUGUCCUCACUCUGUUGGGAGAUUGAAGAAGGAUUCUCAAAUUUAGACCUAUACACUUCUUUGCCAUAUUACACAAAAGAGGUGACUGAACUAGCGUUUGAGGAAGUACAAUUUAACCAUGCCUCGGAUUUAGUUCCAAUUGUGAAAAACGACUCAGUUUUUCAAGUAGCUUACGAGGUUCUUUUUCAGCUUAAUUCACUGGUGCAUUGUCAAAAGUUGAGCCUUGCUGCGGUUAACACCGAUCUUUUUCAGAUCCUUAGCAGAUUAGACAUGGAUACUGCUCUAUUAAUUCUUAAGGAAAUGCACAAGUUGCACUCUACUUGUUAUGAACCCAAGUCAUUUUUCGAAAACCAACCUUCCAUUACCACUCACAAUCGCAAGAAUCUUCCUUCAGCGGCUUUUAAGAGACUGAUUGAGCAUAACAUAAUGAGCUGUCAUAGAGUUCUCGUGACUCCAACUAAGAUAUUCUGCUUGGGUCCCGAACUUGAAUCCUCAAACUACAUUGUGAAGAACUUUGCUAAAUAUGCUUCAGACUUCAUGAGAGUUACGUUUGUUGAUGAAGAUUGGGGCAGGCUUUCCCCAGGUGCAGUUUCCACAAGCAUAAUGAAGGGCAUCUUUGCAAAGCCUUAUAAAACAGAUAUUUAUCGUAGAAUACUCUCUGUUCUCCAGGAUGGGCUCGUUAUUGGAGACAAAAAGUUUGAAUUCUUGGCCUUUUCCGCCAGUCAGCUGCGUUCGAACUCAGUUUGGAUGUUUGCUUCGAACGAUCGUGUCAAAGCAGAAGAUAUCAGAGAGUGGAUGGGAUGUUUCAACAAGAUCCGGAGCAUCUCAAAAUGUGCAGCGAGGAUGGGUCAGUUGUUUAGCUCGUCGAUGCAAACUCUGAAGGUGAUCCCGCGGGAUGUUGAGCUUAUUCCUGAGAUCGAAGUAGUUUCUGAUGGAGUGAAGCAUUGUUUCUCUGAUGGAAUUGGAAAAAUUUCCAUUCCAUUCGCUAGAGAAGUUGUCAGGAAGCUGGGCUUGUCUCAUAUCCCAUCGGCAUUUCAGAUCCGCUACGGUGGCUAUAAAGGGGUGAUAGCUGUCAACCGGCAUUCCUUCCGGAAGCUUUCACUACGAAGCAGCAUGCUUAAGUUUGAGUCCACCAAUUGUAUGCUCAACAUUACAAAGUGGAGCGAGUCCCAGCCGUGCUACUUGAACAGGGAAAUUAUUACAUUGUUAUCGACUUUGGGAGUCAAGGAUAGCGUGUUUUUGGCAAUGCAAGACGAGCAACUACAACUGCUGGGAACAAUGCUGACGGACGCCAAGGCAGCGCUGAACGUGUUGGAGAGCACUGGUGGGGGUGAUAUGAAAAGCUCCAUGGCAAGAAUGUUGCUCCAAGGCUAUGACCCGAGAAACGAGCCGUAUCUUCUGACAAUGCUACAGUCAUAUCUCGAGAACCAGAUCUCCGAUAUAAGAAGCAGGUGCCGCAUCUUUGUCCCAAAAGGCCGUGUUUUAGUUGGGUGCCUAGACGAGUCUGGGACUUUGGAGUACGGCCAGGUUUUUGUUCGACUAACUAUGAAUACAGCCGAGUUGGAGGGUGGAGAUCAGCCGUUUUUCCAAAGGGUGGAUGAGACUACUUCCAUCCUGAGAGGCAAAGUUGUUGUCACCAAAAACCCAUGCCUCCAUCCAGGCGAUGUCAGAGUUCUCGAAGCAGUAUACGACAUUAAACUACAGGAGGAUAAUAUGGUCGAUUGCCUUGUUUUCCCCCAGAAAGGAGAAAGGCCUCAUCCGAAUGAAUGCUCCGGUGGAGAUCUUGAUGGUGAUCUCUAUUUCAUAAGCUGGGACGUAGAUCUUGUCCCACCUCGAACUGUGACCCCGAUGGACUACACUGGACGACGACCACGCAUCAUGAACCAUGAAGUGACCUUAGAGGAAAUCCAAACGUUCUUCGCCGAUUACAUGAUCAGCGACACUCUGGGCGCGAUCUCUAACGCGCAUUUGGUCCACGCGGACCGUGAACCCGAAAAAGCUCUGAGCCCCAAAUGCCUUGAGUUAGCAAACCUUCAUUCGAUGGCAGUUGACUUUGCGAAAACGGGCGCUCCGGCUGAGAUGCCGAGAUACCUAAAGCCGAGAGAGUUUCCGGAUUUCAUGGAGAGGUGGGAGAAGCCCACGUACGUCUCACAUGGCGCAUUAGGCAAGCUCUAUCGAGCCACCGUUCAGUUCAUCCAGAAAAUGAAGACAAACCCUGACCUCCCGGACGAGAUCCCACCGAAUGCAUUUGAUCCCGAUCUUGUUGUUGAUGGCUACGAGUCCUUCGUUGCAGCUGCGGAAUGCCACAAGGAACAGUAUCUGGACAGGAUGAAUGCGCUUUUCAGCUAUUAUGGAGCGGAGAGCGAAGUGGAGAUACUGACGGGGAAUCUGCACCGGAAGUCGGCGUACUUGCAGUAUGACAACCGGAGGUACGGGGAGGUGAAGGAGCGGAUCUUGGUGUCGGUGAAGAGCUUGAUGAAGGAGGUGAAGGGGUGGUUCAGGAGUAGCUGCGAGGGCGAGGGCGACGGUGAGGGCGACGGCGAGGGAGACGGCGACGGCGAGGGCGAGGGCGACGGCGACAAACAGCAGAAGCUGGCAUCGGCAUGGUAUUACGUGACGUACCACCGGAACUACUUGCGUGGCAGCCGGAACUGCCUAGGGUUUCCAUGGAGUGUGGGUGAUGUUUUGAUGGACAUAAAGGAAGCUAAAAAUAAGAUGCUGAUUGAGUACCCUGUUGCAUGACAUGGGCGGGAAACGCUUUGGGAUGAUGCUGUUUAUGUAUGUGUAUAUAUUUCAUUCGGUGUAGCAUCUACUUACGAGUGUAUGGGAUUGGCAGCGAGCAGGUGCUCGUUGGAUCUUGCCUUAAAAAUCAAGACUUUUAGCUAUUCUGCAAUUACAACAUGUGUAAAUAAUUGCCUUAAUCUCACAACAAUAUUGCUCAAGCACUGUCUUUAAUCUCCAAUCUAGCCGGGGAAUAAAAUGGGCAUGUGGUUUCACAAUAAUUAAA